AUGUACCAAUCCCGAGGCGUGGGAGCCGGAGCCAAUGGGAGCCUCGGUAAGAUUUAUUUGAAGGAUACGACUGACCUCAAUACCGACUACAAUACGACUGUCCUCAAUACCGACUACAGUACGACUGACCACAAUACCGACUAUAAUACGACUGACCUCAAUUCCGACUACAGUACGACUGACCUCAAUGCCAGCUACAAUACGAGGGACCUAACUACCGACUAUAAUAAGACUGACCUAACUACCGACUACAAUACGACUGACCUCAAUACCUACUAUAAUACGACUGACCCAACUACCGACUACAAUACGACUGACCUCAAAACCGACUACAAUACGACUGACCUGAACACCGACUACAAUACGACUGACCUCAAUACCGACUACAGUACGACUGACCUCAAUACCGACUACCAUACGACUGACCUCAAUACCGACUACAAAACGACUGACCUCAAUACCGACUACAGUACGACUGACCUCAAUACCGAAUACCAUACGACUGACCUCAAUACCGACUACAAAACGACUGACCUCAAUACCGACUACAAUACGACUGACCUAACUACCGACUACAAUACGACUGACCCAAAUACCGACUACAGUACGACUGACCUCAAUACCGACUACCAUACGACUGACCUCAAUACCGACUACAAAACGACUGACCUCAAUACCGACUAUAAUACGACUGACCUCAAAACCGAUUACAGGACUGACCUCAAUACCAACUACAAUACGACUGACCUCAAUAACGACUAUAAUACGACUGACCUAACUACCGACUACCAUACGACUGACCUCAAUAGCGACUACAAAACGACUGACCUCAAUCCCGACUACAGUACGACUGACCACAAUACCGACUAUAAUACGACUGACCAAACUACCGACUACAAUACGACUGACAUCAAUACCGACUACAGUACGACUUACCUCAAUACCAACUACAAUACGACUGACCUCAAUACCGACGAAAGUACGACUGACCUCAAUACCGACAACAAUACGACUGACCUCAAUACCAACUUCAAUACGACUGACCUCAAUGCCCACUACUAUACGCCUCACCUAACUUCUGACUACAAUACGUCUGACCUCAAUGCCGACUAUAAUACGAAUGACCUAACUACCGACUACAAUACGACUGACAUCAAUACCGACUACAGUACGACUUACCUCAAUACCAACUACAAUACGACUGACCUCAAUACCGAUUACAAUACGACUGACCUCAAUGCCGACUAUAAUACGAAUGACCUAACUACCGACUACAAUACGACUGACCCAACAACCGACUAUAAUACGACUGACCUCAAUACCGACUACAAUACGACUGACCUCAAUACCGACCAAAGUACGACUGACCUCAAUACCGACUAUAAUACGACUGACCUCAAUACCGACUACAGUACGACUGUCCUCAAUACCGACUACAAUACGACUGACCUCAAUGCCGACUAUAAUACGACUUACCUAACUUCCGACUACAAUACGACUGACCUCAAUACCGACCACAGUACGACUGACCUCAAUACCGACUAUAAUACGACUGACCUAACUACCGACUACAAAACGACUGACCUCAAUACCGACUACAGUACGACUGACCUCAAUGUCAGCUACAAUACGAGUGACCUAACUACCGACUAUAAUAAGACUGACCUAACUACCGACUACAAUACGACUGACCUAAAUACCGACUACAAUACGACUGACCUCACUACCGACUACAAUACGACUGACCUCAAUACCGACGAAAGUACGACUGACCUCAAUACCGACUAUAAUACGACUGACCUAACUACCGACUACAAUACGACUGACCUCGAUACCGACUACAAUACGAUUAACCUAACUACCGACUACAGUACGACUGACCUAACUACCGACUACAAUACGACUGACCUCAAUACCGACUACAAUACGACUGACCGAACUACCGGCUACAAUACAACUGACAUAACUACUGACUACAAUACGACUGACCUCAAUACCGACUACAAUACGACUGACCUAACUACCAACUACAGUACGACUAACCUAACUACCGACUACAAUACGACUGACCUCAAUACCUACUACAAUACGACUGACCUCAAUACCGACUACAAUACGACUGACAUAACUACCGACUACAAUACGACUGACCUAACUACCAACUACAGUACGACUAACCUAACUACCGACUACAAUACGACUGACCUCAAUACCAACUACAAUAAGACUGACCCAACUACCGAUUACAAUACGACUCACCUCAAUACCAACUACAAUCCGACUAACCCAACUACCGACUACAAUACGAGUGACCUCAAUACCAACUACAAUACGACCGACCUAACUACCGACUACAAUACGACUGACCUAACUACCGACUACAAUACAAGUGACCCAACUACCGACUACAAUACGGGUGACCCAACUACCGACUAUAAUAAGACUGACUUUACUACCGACUACAAUACGAGUGACCCAACUACCGACUAUAAUAAGACUGACUUUACUACCGACUACAAUACGACUGACCUAACUACCGACUACAAUACGACUGACCCAACAACCGACUACAAUACGACUGUCCCAACUACCGACUAUAAUAAGACUGACUUUACUACCGACUACAAUACGGGGGACCCAACUACCGACUAUAAUAAGACUGACUUUACUACCGACUACAAUACGAGAGACCCAACUACCGACUAUAAUAAGACUGACUUUACUACCGACUACAAUACGGGGGACCCAACUACCGACUAUAAUAAGACUGACUUUACUACCGACUACAAUACGGGGGACCCAACUACCGACUAUAAUAAGACUGACUUUACUACCGACUACAAUACGAGUGACCCAACUACCUACUAUAAUAAGACUGACUUUACUACCGACUACAAUACGGGGGACCCAACUACCGACUAUAAUAAGACUGACUUUACUACCGACUACAAUACGACUGACCUAACUACCGACUAA